UGUAAUCAAAAAACCAGAGCCCUUGGGUUAUGCUCAAAAGUUUCAUUAUAUUUUUAUUCGUAUUCGUACUCGUAGCUUUAUGAAUAUCAAAAAAUAUAUUUAUGAUGCAGUAGAUGAUUUAAUAAAAACAAUAAGGACAACAACAAUUCCUAGUACUUCCUUAUAUAAAAAAUAUGUUAUAAAUUUAACUGCAAUUGCAACAAAAAUUCUGAAGAAAAUUGUUCGACUACAAGGAAUUUGCAUUAUAAUAAGACUGAUAUCAUUAAAGAGAUUUCUUCAAACUCCUAUAUCCCAACAGCAACAACAAUCAUUGGCGUUAUUUAAACAACAAACACCACAUUAUUUUUUAAGUAUACUUUCGACAUUUCCUACAUUCUCCACAUCUUCCACAUCUUCCACAACAAGUACAGCAAUUCACUCAAACAAUCAUCACAUCCGGAAUGGAUGUGUUAAUGGUGGAACAGCUGGCAGACAACCUAUGAAAGUAACUACGCAAUCCUUUGAAUUACCACAAAAUUAUCAAAGCCACAGUAUACGUGAUUCCAAAGUAGAAGUUACUGCUGUGCAGCACCGUCAGAAACGGCAGCGGCAACAGCGCCAACAGCGCCAACACCGCCAACAGCGGCUACAGCGCCAACAGCGACAACAGCAGCUGCCAACGUUUAGUAAAGGACUUUCAAAAUGUUCUUAUCCGAGUCAAAUUUUAGUAUUAAGGAAAUGUUUGUUGAAUAUUAGUAACGAGCCGUGCAAUAUUGGCAGGUACUAUCUGCCAAUUCUACAUCGAAAUCUUAUACUAUUGAUAUUGUUAUCGUCGCUGUGGCAUGGUUCAGAAUGUUUUCACGGCAACGUCAAGCCAAGCUUGAAUACUGUUAAGACCAAAUACGGUUCUCUACGCGGGGUUGUAGUGCGUUCAUCUCCUUUGGUAGAAGCUUACUUAGGCAUACCAUACGCAUCACCGCCUGUUGGAAGUCUAAGAUUUAUGCCUCCCAUAACUCCGUCAACAUGGAAAAAUAUACGCAAUGCCGACAGGUUUUCCCCAGUUUGUCCUCAGACUGUACCAAUUCCACCGAAUGGACCUGAAGCGUUAUUGGAAGUGCCACGAGCUCGUUUAGCACAACUUCGACGUCUGCUGCCAUUGCUUAAAAAUCAAUCGGAAGACUGUUUAUAUUUAAACAUAUAUGUUCCAUAUGAAAAUCGAAGACAUCUCCGUUCCACGAUUAACAGCGCUGAGAGAAACGAUGAACCUAAAUUAUCAACGAUUCUUUUCAUACAUGGUGAAUCAUAUGAAUGGAACUCCGGUAAUCCAUACGAUGGCUCUGACUUGGCAGGUCACGGCAAUGUAAUUGUUGUUACCAUAAAUUUCCGUUUAGGAAUUUUUGGAUUUCUCAAAACCGGCGGCAAAGAAAGUGCGCAGGGAAACUUUGGUCUUAUGGAUCUAGUAGCUGGCUUGCAUUGGUUAAAAGAAAAUCUUCAAGCAUUUGGUGGAGAUCCACAAAGUAUUACAAUUUUGGGUCAUGGAUCUGGCGCUGCUUUAGCUAACAUUUUGGUUGUAUCACCAGUUGCCAGUGAUCUUGUUCAAAGAACAGUCAUGGUUAGUGGAUCGGCGCUCUCACCUUGGGCAAUUCAAAAGAAUCCAUUAUUCGUUAAACGAAGAGUCGCCGAACAGACUGGUUGCCAUGGUGAUAUGCUCUACGAUGACUUAGCACCGUGCUUGCGUACAAAGAGCGUCAAUGAGUUGUUGGCUGUUAAAAUUGACCACCCAAGAUUUUUAGCUGGAUUUGCACCAUUUGUAGAUGGUACUGUCAUAUCACCAAAUGCCGAUCCAAUUGGAGCAAUAACACUGCCAUUGGGCUCAGCCAUUGUUAGUAUUUCAGGAAUUGAAUAUGCAAACUUCCCGAAACGUGAUCUCAUAUUCUGCCUCACAUCUAUCGAAUCAUAUUUGGAUUUGAGUGCACAAGAUUUGGAGUUUGGCUUUAAUGAAACUAGACGUGAUCGUAUUUUAAGAACUUUUGUUCGUAAUAAUUUUCAUUAUCAUUUAAAUGAAAUUUUUGCUGUACUUAAGAAUGAGUACACCGACUGGGAAAAAGCGAUACGUAAUCCGUUAAGCUCAAGAGAUGCAACUCUGUCAUUUCUUAGCGAUGGCCACACUGCCUCAGCAUUGAUAAAGCUUGGCUAUAUGCAUAGUUUACGUGGCGGUCGUAGUUAUUUUUUACAUUUUAAGCACAAAACAAUAGAGGAAGAGUAUCCACAAAGAACCGGUUCUGUUCGUGGUGAAGAUGUGCCUUUCUGGUUAGGACUACCUAUUUCGCCACUGUUUCCACAUAAUUACACAACUCAGGAAAGACAAAUCAGCCGUCUUAUGCUGCGGUAUUUAGCGAACUUCGCUAAAACAGGAAAUCCUAACCACUCUACACAAACAUCUGUGUUAUCAACGCCAACGUCCACAGCUGCUUUACGUCGCCAAAUACCAGAGCGUAUGCGUGAGCUGGAUUUGCAACAAGAGUACACAGCUGGUAUAGAUCACAUGAAAGUGAAGCGUUCCUCGCAAAAAUCUGAUUCAAUUAACAAAUACCUAAAUUUGACUGCUACCCGAAAUCAGCGAACUAUUAACGCAGCUGUAAGAGAAGCUUUCAAUUUGGCCAUACUCUACAAUCAGCGCCGAAGCAAUGGCAUGAGAGAUAAGCGUAUCAACCAUAAACGGCGAAUGCGUAGUAAUGAAGAUCCAAACUUAUUUAAUUCAAUAAAUAACUUUGGUGAAAUCGAUCAGGAUCACCUGCCCUUUUGGGAUGCUUAUGAUGUUGUCAAUCAAUUAUAUUUGGAAUUAGGUAAUAAGGCGGAAGUACAAAGCCAUUACAGAGGACACAAACUUUCAAUGUGGCUAAAUUUAAUACCACAGUUACACACACACUCAAAUAUAAAUGAUCAGUCUAUGCGACAUCAUCAGUUUCCAGAUGAUAUAAAUAGUCGAGAUUUAUAUGAUGGCGUGGUGCGUCCACAACUGCAAACAAAGCCUGCAGAUGAUGAAGAUACUGUGGUAAUUAAAGCAACAAAAACAACACCAGCGCCUAAAGUAGCUAAUGUAACAACUAAGCCACAUUUAAACAAUGAGCUAAUAGCUAUGGUAACCACAGAAUGUGGUAUCGAUGGUGUACUUUAUAUGUCAGAGCCCACAACACAAUCGCCAACCGACAAUCGCUCAUUGGUUGAAACACAAAAAGACUUAGCGACAGCAUCCACUGGAAUUAUAGGCAACUUAGAGGUGUUGCGUCGUCUAAGCGGCAAACAGUUUCAAAGCUACACGACUGCUCUCAUAGCUACCGUGGCAGUGGGAUGUUUUCUACUUAUUCUUAAUGUAUUGAUUUUUGCGGGUAUCUAUCAUCAACGCGAAAAGAGAGCGCGUGACGCUAAAACAAAAGAAGAAUUGCAAGACAAUGAUAAUAGCAAAAAUUCUAGUAUACUAAAGCUUAAUGCAGCAGGCAUCGCAAUUGGCGAUAGUGAAUCUUUCAGCAGUGGAAAAACGACAGUCGUAUUUGGAGAAUACAAUUGCUACGAUGAGAAAACAAAACAAUCUAAAGAUGAGAAACUAAUUGUAGACUUACCACCACAGAGUGCACACUUAUUAGAUGCAAAUAAUUGGGCCUGUUCGACGAGUACUUUGGAUUUAUUGAAAACCAAACAUCAUAACACCGUCGAUGUUAGUGGAUUUACAAUAACUACUGAACAGACCGAUCUCCAUUUGCAUCCUAUUAAUAACAUGGAAAUGGUUACCUAUAAUGCAAUACCAAUAACCACUGUUAUCGAUACGACAUCGUUACAAAAUAAGCGCGGUUCUUUUGUCGAUACUUCCAAUCAUCUGAGUCAGUUUGAUUAUGCAGUACAAUCUUCGGAUCAAUUAUCAUUCAAAGAAAUUGAAAAUGCUGUAAAAGCUGCAUCGGAGGACAUGGUUCAUGAUAUGGAUGAUGAUAUACCAGAACCACCUCCGCCGCCAAAAUCAUUUCAAAAUAUCCAAUUACAACAACAACAGCAGGCAGGUAUAUUGCGUCAAUCAGGGUCAAGCUCUAUCUCAACAACUGGCAGCAAAAAACGUGUACAUAUUCAGGAAAUUUCUGUCUGAUUGGAAUCAAAUAUGGAUUUAGUUUAGUUCUAGUUUAAUUAGUAUCAUUUCUCAAAAGUCCUUAGUGAAUUCCUGUGUUCCACUCGUUCGUAGUUAAGUUCUAAUUUUAUAGUCAUAUUUUUUAUAGACAAUUCGAGUGUGUAUAUUAUGUAAAUGUGUUCUAUGUGUAC